AUGACUGUCGUUCCACUUCAGCCCAGUGGGGAAGAAGCCCUCCGGGUUUCCUCGUCCAUGAUUACCUUGGUGUUUAUCGCAUUGAUACUCCGCUUCAUUGCACGGUUCAAAGCCAGAGCAGGAUUCCUCCUAGAAGAUGGCCUCGCUCUUCUUGCAGCAGCUUUUUUCUAUGUUGAUCAAGGAUUGUUCCUAUAUGGUGAAGAUUUCCCGCCACAGGUUUCCAGAACAUGCGCUAAUAUCUACAUUCAAGCCGUCCUCGGAAAAGGCUCUUCUGGAGGGUCUGAUGCCAGAUUGAUGCUUCUCCCUCAAUUGGACCGAUUUUUUAGGAUUCUUUACAUUGAGGAAAUAAUAUUCGUCAUUACCAUCACGGUUGUCAAGCUUUCAAUUUUGACUUUCUAUCGCCAUAUAUUUACCACCCGCAAAUUCAAAUUUUUGACUUGGACUUUGUGCGGGAUUUGUAUCGUCUGGGCAAUUGUUUGUAUCUUUGUCGUUAUUUUCCAGUGCAAGCCUAUUCACGCAUUCUGGAAAUUUGAAUUGCAGCUUACUCCAGGGGCUGCCAAGUGUAUGCCAUCCGGCCAAGUUAUUCUUGGAUUCGAGGUUUCGAACCUCUUAAUUGAUUUUCUAAUUCUGUCUUUGCCUGUGUAUAUGGUACAAAAGCUUCAGCUGAAGACAUCGAGAAAGAUCAGUAUCAUUGGUAUCUUUCUCUUGGGUAGCUUUGUUUGUAUUACCUGUAUAGUCCGGGCAUACUUUAUCUUUGACCCCAAAACAAAACAACCUCCAAUGGAUUGGACAACAGUUGAAUUAGCCUCAGCUAUUCUUUGCGCUUGUCUGCCUACUUAUGGGCCCCUUCUCAGCGGCAUAGAUAUCACAUCAUCAACCGUCAAAUCUUGGUUUUCAUCACUUAUUGGUAGUAAGCGCAAUUCCCAGAACUCGAAGGCAACCAAUCCAAGCUCCAAAAGCAACCAUUCUCGGUACAAUCAGCUUGAAGAUUCUCUAAACAAAUCGCAAAAGUUUCGAACCAAUAGUAAGCCGUCGACAAGUGAGGAGCAUUUGCAUGCCGGGGGUGAUUAUCAAAUGAAUAACAUUAUGGUUGAAAGGAGCGUUGAAGUGGUAUAG